UAUCGAAUACUAUAAAGGCUUAAAAAAGCUAUACUAAGCGUUCCGUCACAUGCGGACGAUUCCUAAAUACAAUUUUCUAAGAUCAGUCUUAGUUGCGUUCUUGUUCCUCACCAUCCCAAUCUGCGCCAAAUUCCUCACACAAUUUCAAUCAAAUUCUGCUAAAAUUAAAUAAGAAAAGAAGAAAUUCUCUCUCAUUCUUGAGUAAGUCUCGUGUAAAGUUUUCUUUGUGUCAAUUUUUUCUUUAAAAUCGCACUCAGUUGUCAAGCAUGUGUGGAUCUGUGCAGUUUAUAUUACUUCUCACUUAAUUAAUUACAUUACACGAUGAAUAAAAGUGAAAUUAGUGUAGCUUCUGAACUUUUUUGGAUAGUCAGCGAUCAGUGGAUGAAUUUAGCAUUGUGGGUGUAUUUAGUUGUGAUUUUUAUUGGCGGAAUUAUUCUUCAAUUGAUUCAGUUCUUACAAUUUAUAGGAAGUGCACAUAACAACGGCUUCAACUAUUUCCUUCUUCAAUUGACAUUCGCCGAUGUAAUAAACUUACUUUUAUGUUAUUUUGAUAUAUUCUACAUUUUCUCACACGAGUGGAUAUUCGGUGAUGAUUUAUGUGGUAUCAUGUCUGGACUUUUAAAUUUCUCAUCAACAGCCAUAACGUACGUUUUGUUAACAAUGAAUCUACAUGCAGUUUCAACUGCAAAUCUUGCGUGUAAGGCAUUAAAAAUAAUUCAAAGUGAGGAGGAAAAAAGUAAUUUUAUAAAUGAGGAAGUUGAGUCGACUAGUGAUACGUAUGAUACAUUAGAACAAAAGAGGACAUUAACGAUCGAUUACUCUGGUCCGAAAUGGAAGACAAGUAUAAAUGUCAUCUUCCCAACGUUAAUAAUAUGGAUACUUUCGCUCUCUAUUUCAAUGCCAACAAUUAUUAUUUCUGCAUUAAAUCGUGAAUUUGAUGAGAAUUAUUGCAUUAUUUUAAGAAGCUCGUUUGGUGCUGCAGAAGUUUUUACAACUUUUGUCAAAAUUAUACUUCCAAUGUUGGUCUUUAUUCCGACAAUUUUUAUUCUAUUUCGUAAGAGGAACAUGCUUAAGAAAAUAGAAGAACAUUAUAUAGAUGAGAAUCCAAUAGAAAUAAUUCAAAUAACUUUAAUAAUAACCAUCACAUAUUUAGUAUUACAACUUCCAAAGAUAAUAUUUGACAUAAUCUCGACAAUAAUUGAAACUGAACAUAACAAAAUGUUUUAUAUGAUUAAUUGUAUAACAAAUACUGUGGUUAAAUGGAAAAUCCACUCAAGCUUUACUCAAGUUAUUUAA